CGCCUCGCCAUCGCAUCCCCACCAAAGCAUUCCACAAAAUUCAACAAGUAAUCCAACGCAAGUCCAACCCGAGGAGAUCGACCGAGCUCGAGAUCAGCGAGCGAGAAUGGCGGGCAUGGUGUUCGGCUUGGAGAACCCGAUGAUGACGGCGCUGCAGCACCUGCUGGACAUCCCAGACGGCGAGGCCGGCGUCGCCGCCGGCGAGAAGCAGGGCCCUACACGUGCCUACGUCCGGGACGCGCGCGCCAUGGCAGCCACCCCGGCGGACGUGAAGGAGCUGCCGGGCGCGUACGUGUUCGUGGUGGACAUGCCGGGGCUGGGUUCCGGCGACAUCCAGGUGCAGGUGGAGGACGAGCGGGUACUGGUCAUCAGCGGCGAGCGGAGGAGGGAGGAGAAGGAGGACGCCAAGUACCUGCGGAUGGAGCGCCGCAUGGGCAAGCUGAUGCGCAAGUUCAUGCUCCCCGGCAACGCCGACAUGGAGAAGAUCUCCGCCGCGUGCCGCGACGGCGUGCUGACCGUCACCGUCGAGAAGCUGCCGCCGCCCGAGCCCAAGAAGCCCAAGACCAUCCAGGUCCAGGUUGCCUGAGCUGGUAUGCAUUGUGUGCGCGUCGAAUCGAAGCAGAGUUUGAGUGGCUGAGUGGGUACUGAGUUUCCUGUGAUGAUGAGUGAUGGUUUCUCUGUCUUUUGAUCUCGUCUGCUAGAGAGAGUGUGUGUCGUAUCGAUUCGUGCGCACUGGUGAUGGUUUGAUGUUUCGUUAAUGGAAAUGGGGAUGAUCUCCGGCUUCGCCUGAAUAAAACAUGCGAUUCUCUUGGCCACAUUUGCUAUUGAAAAA